UUUUGAUUCAGGAUGAAUGGAUAGCUGAUUAUGACGAUCAAGAUCACGACAACAUUUGAAUAAUGGUGAUAUAUCUGCUGCAGGGUUAUAUUCAUCAAACAAAUGGCGAACGAAAAUAGAGAUAUAGCCCCGGUUUUAUUAAAAUUCGGGGCGGCUUUGGCAUUGUCUCUUGGUGGUGCUUAUUACAUUUUGAUCAUAAACAAAAGAUCGAAAGCGUCUCAAUCGCCACCUGAUAAUCAUUGCAAUACGCAGGUGAAUUCAAGAAGCAAUCAUCUCCAUUUUGAUCCUUCCGAAACAGAUAAACAUGAGGAGUUGCAUCAAUCAAACAACACGGAAUUUCAAUGCGAAAACAUGGAAUCCCCCAAAGGAUAUUCGCGUGCCGAGAAGGAUAAACAUGAGCAAGAGAUUAAGAGCCUAAGAAACACGGUCAGAAUCCUUAAAGAAAGAGAGAACAACUUAGAGAUCGAGUUACUUGAAUACUAUGGUCUAAAAGAGCAAGAAAGUGCAGUCAUGGAGCUUCAAAACCGUCUUAAAUUGAAUAACAUCGAAGCUAAAUUCUUCGAGCUAAAAAUCGAGUCAUUACAGGCUGAUAUCAAAAGAUUUGAGGAACAAAUGGCUGACUACAAGAAAGUUACAGCAGAUCUUGAAGCCGCACGAGCCAAAAUAAAGACGCUAAAAAAGAAGAUUAAAUCCGAAUCCGAACAGAAUCAAAAACAAAUUCUGGAUUUCCAACAAGAAGUUCAGAAAAUGCAGGAAGACGAACACAAGAUUGCAUCAGAACUCGAAGAAUUGAGAAAAUCGAAUCAUGAUUUGGAGGUUGAAAACACGGAUUUGGCUCAUAGAUUAGACUGUGUUCAAAUUCUUGCUACAUCAGUGUUAGAAGAUGGUGACAUCGAAAAAGUCAAAGAAGAAAACGAAAAUCUGAAGAAACAGAAUGAAGAUUUAUCAAAAGAAAUCGAGCGACUAAAAACCGAAAGAUGUGGUGAUGUUGAAGAAGCUGUUUAUCUUAGAUGGAUUAACGCAUGUUUAAGAUACGAACUCAGAAAUUACAGACCAGCACCCGGUAAAACAACCGCUAAGGACCUCAGUAGAAAACUAAGCCCAAAAUCCGAAGAGAAAGCGAAACAACUGAUCGUCGAAUACGCAGAUAAAGAAGGCGGAAUUGACUCUGAACAAUGGUCAAUAUCUCAAGCUUCUAUCAUCACAGAUUCCGGCGAGUUUGAUGAAUCGUUUAUCAACGAUCAGUUGCGUCAUAAAAACAACAACAAUACGUUUUUCGGAAAGCUAAUGCGAGUAAUAAAAGGAAAAGAUAGCCAUAGUAACAGCCCAAACCACCACCACCACCACCGGAAUCAUAGCCGAAACUCAUCUGUAGGGAAAUCUGAAUCAGGUGGGGAGGAUAUUAUGUCUACUUGCAGUCCAUCUGAGAGUCAAAGAUUAAGAACACCAUCAGGGGGGUCAAAAAGAUUAACUCAUAGGCAUAGUGAUUCAAGUUUUUAUAAACAUGAUGAUUCAGGUGGAAGUGGAAACAACAGUGAUCGUCGUCGUCGUUCAAAUUCGUCUGGUGGCCACAAAUCUGAGCUAACGAAAUAUGCAGAUGCUUUGAAAGAUUCUCGAGAGAAAUCGAACUUCAAGUCUCAUAAGAGCUCCCCUACGCUUUGUUUGUUUUGA